AUGAAAGUAAAUCGCAAUCCGGACCCCACGGAUAGUCACCAGUCUCACCAACUGGAAAUUAGAAGAAAAGAAGACAAGUGUAAAAUUAUUAGCAUGGCAGAAUUAGAAAAAAGAAGAAGGCCCCCUCCGCAAUUGCAACAUUCUCCCUAUGUUAGGGAUCAAUCAAAUUCUCCAGGAAUGACAAAGACCCCGGAAACGUCACCGCCUAAGAGGCCUAUGGGGAGAGCUAGAUCAAACUCGAGAAGCAGUGGAUCCCGCUCAAAUGCCGACAUAGAUCAAUACACCAUACCAACAGAUUUAGAUUCGUUGCCUACCGCUUCACCUCCGCCUUCAGUCCAUCAGGCUUCACAACAGCAACAAUUAUCCCCAAUAUUAGUCAAUAAAACUUGCUCUCCAUUUGGAAAUCAAAGUCAAAAUCAAAGUAACAAUUCCAUAGAUCCAGUAUCGGCUGAACAAGUAACAAAUCCUAAAGAAGCAGUAUCUCCACCAGCAUUAGACGAAUUAUCAAAAUUCCAAAAUGGGUCAACUGAGACAUUAUUCAGAACAGGAUCAUCCCGCAAGAAGCAUACGCAUAUAAUCAUACUUAAAUCGUUAAAUGCAACGUUUGAGACAAAGUUUCUUGUUGUACCAUUCAAACCCGAUGGACUUAAGUUAGGUCGACCGGUUACCAAUAGCAUAAACAAGAAUAAUUCAGCAUCGAAGAGAGAUUUGUUUUCGCAGCAAGUUAGACCAGAUAAUGGGAAUUUUGAUUCAAGAGUUCUUUCUAGAAAUCACGCUUGUCUAAGUUGUGACCCUACAACUGGAAAGAUAUAUAUUCGCGAUCUGAAGUCCAGUAAUGGGACAUUUGUUAAUGGGGUUAAGAUAGAUCAAAAUGAUGUAGAAUUAAAAGUUGGUGAUACUGUGGACUUGGGAACUGACAUUGACUCAAAAUUUGAACAUAGGAAAAUCAGCGCAUACGUAGAAGAGAUUUCAGUAAUUCCCUUAAUGAAUACUGUGUCUGAUCCCACGAAUUUGGUGACGAAAAAACAAGAAUUUACUAAUAAGAAUAAUGGAAACUCAACCAAUAUAAAUGAAAUGAAAUUAGACAGAGGACAUCAUACUCAACACAUCCCGAUACGAUCUCAUUUGAGUGAUAAUUAUACCGAAGUUGGCGUAACAUCUGCAACAACGGCUCAAAGGGCAGCUUUUGAGGCUGCCAUGUUUGGAGAUGUUAAUAACUUAGAAUUAGAUGAUGAUAUUUUAGGUCCAGAAACUGAGGUUCUCAGUGGAAUUUUUAUCAACAAUUCUGCAGGCACAAGCAUAAAUUUGAUAAAUAUGAUAAAAACACUAACUACUGAACUGUCCUUAGAAAGACAAGAAUUGCAAAAAUUACAUUCCAUGCAAAAUUUUAUGCAAAACUACACAGUAAACCUUGAUUUCAUCAACAAACACAUGAUUGAUAUGAAUGAGAAGCAUUUACUGAAACUGAGCACAGCUUUACAAAAAACUCUAUCGGAAAAUAAUGAUGCACUACUCAAAGAAUCGGAAGAUCAGUUGAAAGAAAUUAAGCAACAAAAUAAUAAAAUAAAAUCUGCAUGUAGCUCGAAGGAAAAACAAAAUUAUGAAACGCUGCAGGGACUUGAAAGUGAAUUGAGAGAUCUAAACUUUCAAAUAGAAGAAGAGAGGGGGAAAAAUUCAGCUUUAACACAAAGCAAUUCAAACAAUAGUAUUAACAAUGACAAUAUUGCUAGGGAGAAACAAGAUGGUUCAGGGGAAAAAGAAAAGGAUAGUGAGGAUACAUUAGUAAGCACCGAAGAAUUAGGAGUUGUUGAAGGCAAGAAACCGAGGGUUGGUAAAGGAAUACUCUUCGGGAUAGUUGCCAUUUCAUUUGGUUUAGUUGCGACAGCUGUUAAGCAAUUGCCGCAGUAA